AUGGUCUGUACCGUGCUCCUCAUGAAAGCCAAGCUUGAAAUUGGUCAUGAUUUUGAGAUCAUUGUUAUCGACGAUGGAAGCCCUGAUGGAACCCUGGAGGUUGCCAAGCAACUGCAAGAUAUCUAUGGAACUGACAAAAUUGUGUUACGACCAAGAGCAAAGAAACUUGGACUGGGCACUGCAUACAUCCAUGGUAUCAAACAUGCCACAGGAAAUUACGUCAUCAUUAUGGAUGCUGACCUCUCUCAUCAUCCAAAAUUUAUUCCAGAAUUCAUCAGAUUACAGAAGGAAGAAGGAUGUGAUGUAGUAUCUGGUACCAGAUAUCAAGGAACUGGUGGGGUCUAUGGUUGGGACUUAAAGAGGAAAAUUAUCAGCCGUGGUGCUAAUUUCUUAGCUCAAGUCCUGCUACGGCCUGGAGCAUCGGACCUUACAGGUAGUUUUCGUCUUUACAAGAAAGAAGUCCUUCAGCGAUUGAUUGAUUCCUGCGUCUCUAAGGGUUACGUAUUCCAGAUGGAGAUGAUUGUCAGAGCAAGGCAGUUUGGAUUUAAAGUUGGAGAGGUUCCGAUUACAUUUGUAGAUAGAUUCUAUGGAGAGAGUAAACUAGGUGGAUCAGAGAUAAUCAGCUAUGCCAAAGGACUUCUCUAUCUAUUUGCAUCAACGUGAGAAAUGUACUUGCCUGGAAUAUAUUUAUCAAUAUAUUUUUUGUUAAAUUAUAGUGAUUUGACAUUGCUUGGUUGCUGGAAAACUGUUCAAAGUGUCUAACAUUUGAAACAUAUAUUCUAUUAGAUGUCUUAAAGAAAUCAACUCUUUUCUUAAAGUGCAAGUAUCUCUGUAUCAAGUCAUGUGAGAAGCAUCCCAAUUGUGAAUUUUUGCCAUUCUGCUGCAAACCUUGUUCCUCAUAUUUUUGGAAUAAAUCUUGUUGUAAUUGCUAGAGAAACUAUGAAGUGAUUCCUGUCCAGCUACCAGAUUGCUCCUUAGCACACACUAAAGCCAAUAUGCUACUUCCGAGGGAUAACCAUCCAAUAGGAUACAGUCAUAUGGCAGCCAUAACAAGGGUCGGAUCCAGGAUUUUUCGAAAUGGGGGGGAGGUGCAUUUUCCAGAGAAAAAACUUGACAAGCAAAAAAAAAAGUUUUCAACCUUAAAAUUAAGGACAUUUCGUCCACAAAAAAAUUUGACAAGCAAACAGAAAAAAAAGGUCUUCACUUAAAAAAAAAGGGGGGGGGGCACACACAUGUGUUUUAGCAGCAUUUUUACAUUACAAAUUUUAAUUAUGCCUCUCAAAAAGGGGGGGGGGGCAUGGGCUGGCUGUGCCCCCUCCCCCUGGAUCUGUCAGUGGCCAUACCUACCCAAACAUUUCAUUAUGAGAAAUUAUAAUUUUGUCAAAGUUCUAUUAUCGAAAAGGCAAUAUACCAUUCUCAUGUUUGUCUAAUAUAGACUUUGUGACUACUGUGCCAGGGUGAUGCUGAAUGAGGAGUAACUGCUGCUAUUUGAUUCUUAGAUGAUAAUUUGAAUUGUAUAUGGAUGGAUUUUAAUCAUCUAAUUCUAAACUAUCAUGAAAAUCUUUGAGAAGGAAUUGAUUUAGACCCAAGGGGCAGCAAGGGAUUUUUUUUUUUUUUUUUGGGGGGGGGGGGGGGUUGGGGGAAAUGAAGUGGUAUAAAAAAUAGAAUUUACACAUGGUCAUAACAUAAUAAUUGAAUACUGUUAUUCUUUAUUAGUUGAUGAGGAUAGAUACUAAUCUCGGAGUAACUUUAUUAAAUCUUAUAUAUAUCGACUAUAUUCCAGCCAAAUGUGUGGAAACUGGAACAGCUUUAGUUUAAACUUUUGUGCUUCAAAUUCAAGAGUUCUCUGUAUUUUUUUUUUAGAUUUCAAAGUUGGAGGAUUGUAUGUUAAUGGUGGUCAAGGUCAUACCAGUAUUCUAAUUGAAUAAUAGAACUCUUCAAUGUCAUGUCUAGUCAUAGCCUCAAUAUAUGUGAUUCCAGGAAUACAUUAUUUUGGGGGAGAAAGGAUAGUUAAAGUAAAAUAUAGCUUAUUUUAUGUUUUAUUUACAUUUAAAUUGUCUAAUUUUUUUAAAUUUCUUUCAGUUGGUAAUUAGAAGAAUAAUCCCUUCAGUUAUAUACAUUCCAUUUUUUACAAGAUAUUCAAUGCUUGACUUUGAAUGUAUGAACAUUUUAGUGUAUUUUAGAAAUAAUAAAAAAAAUCUUGAUUAAGGUCUCAAACGGGCAAAAUUUGCUACAAAAAUAUCAUUAUGUCAUUUAAAAAAAGUGCACUCAUAUUGAUUAAAAGUUGGAUCUGUCUCUACACUUGAUGUCGAUAAGUCAGGAAAACUAAGCAAGACCUGGUAGGACAGCAAUUGUCAGCAAAAUAUGAAUGAAAUUUGACAGUAUUGAAUAAACAAUGAUUAUGGGAAUAAAGAUGUCACCCAAAAUAUUGUUUCAGUGCACCAGUAUCGAUAUCAUGCCGGGGGGGGGGGGGAUAUAAAGUGAUUUGAAACAUUUAACCUAGCCCUUUUGAUGUGUUUUUCAUUCACACAAUAGAAAAUGAACUCAUGAUGAUGUUUUUAUAAUUGUGUGGCACCUUCCUUCCAUCUAGCCACAUGUAAUAAAUGUAAUUUAUCAUUGUUUGUUUCCUGGGAUAGUGCCAUAAUUCACCCUGUAAUUAAAGGGAAUAAAAGAUGGAAAGGCAGAAAAGAGAAGAAGAAAAAGGAA